AUGGGUAUAUUUGAUAAAAUAAAAAGUAUUGAAAAAUUAAAUGAAGGAGAAUUAAAAAAUAUUGGACAGAAUGAUAGUUCGUGGCAUGAUCAGUAUAAAGAUUCUAGCUAUAUUUAUAUAGGUAAUUUAGAUAAUAGAUUAACAGAAGGAGAUAUUAUAAUAGUGUUUUCACAGUUUGGAGAACCCAUCGAUAUUAAUCUAGUACGUGAUGAAGAAACAGGUAAAUCAAAAGGAUAUUGUUUUUUAGCAUAUGCUGAUCAGAGAAGUACAAUAUUAGCUGUAGAUAAUUUUAAUGGAUACAAACUUUUAGAUAGACAGUUAGUAGUUGAUCAUAUAUUAAACUAUAAAUUACCUAAUAAAUAUUCUAGAAAUGAUAAUGAAAAUGAAUAUAAACCAACGGGUGCUGAAGGAAAAGGAAUAGGAGUAUACAACGUAAUUGAAAGUGAAAUAAGUUUAUCAAAAGCUUUUGAAAAAAUAGAUAAAAAAUAUAACGAAGAAAAGAGAAAAAAAUUAUUAGAUGAAGAUGAGUUAUGGGCAUUAAAUUUUGAGAAAUCUUUAAAAAAUAAACAUGGUAAUAUAAAAAAUGAAAAUAUAAAAAAAGAAGAAACUGAUUAUUUUGAUACUAUUAAAAAUAGGAGUUAUGAAUAUAAAACAGAAAAGUCUCCCAAUAAAAACCAACAAAAAAAAAGUAAAAAAUAUGAUACAAAAAACUCUAAAAAAUAUAAUGAAAAAGACAAAAGUAAAGAACACAAAAAAAAUCAUGAAUACAGGGAUGAAUAUAAAAAUUAUUAUUUAAAAAAGGAAUUUAAUAAAAAUAAGUAUAAAGAAAAAAGUGAAAAAAAAGAAAGUAAUAUAAGUAGAAAUAUAAGUAAAAAAAGAGUUAAAGAUAGAGAUGAAUACAAAAGUAAAGAAAGAACAAAAAAUAUUAAAAAAUAUAAAUAA